AUGGGGGUACAGAAGCGGACCACGCCAGGCGGUGGAAGCAAGAACCAACCGCGAUCUUUCAAGUGUACCGGAUACGGCAACUGCGACAUGUCUUUCACGCGGGCCGAACACCUGGCCCGUCACAUACGCAAGCAUACGGGUGAGAAACCGUUCCAGUGCGAGGUGUGCAACCGGUUUUUCAGUCGGAUAGACAACCUUAAACAGCACCGUGAAAGUGUACACUCGAUCCCGACAAUAUCCACGACGCGCAGUAAGCGGCAGUCACGGAGCAAGUCGUUGCAGGAGGGCGCGGGCGCGGUUGAGACGUCGUUCGGCGGCGUGCUGAACACCGCGACUGCAGUGCGUUCGGCGUCACUGCCGACGUUCGAGACGCAGGGCAGUGCAUCGCCGGCCUCGCCACGGCAAGCGCCGUACAUAUAUGGCGCGGGGCAGCCGGCGCAGGCGACGGCAGAGCCAACAGGGCCGGGCGGACACACGCCGCGGAUGAUCCUGCCACCCAUCUUCAUGACCACGCCGCGCGCAGGCGCGGCCGGCCAGCCAGCACUGCUGCGGCAGCCGCUGGCCGGCACGUCCCAGCAGGCUGAGAUGCACGUCGCGCGCGGGCAGCAGCGCUCGUACCCGGGAUACUACGCCGGGCAGCAACCGCUGACGCCCAACGGUUCCAACGGCUCCUGUGACAGGCCUUUCAACGUCGCCUGGGAGUCACGCAUAUACGUUGCGGCGCCGCUUGGAAGCGCCACUCCGCCGGCCCUUCCGCCGCCGACUCUGCAUCAGGCGCUGUCGCAGAACCCCCCGCCCUACCCCAAAGUCCCUUACGGCGCAGAGUACGUCGUCGACUCGCCGCCGCUCGAGAACACCGCGCUGCAUUCGCACGUGAUCCCCCGCAACUCCUUCAUGCACAACCCGUCCAAGAUCGAGCGCAUCGCAGCCACGUCUCCCGCGGCCGCAGACGCCCCCGGCACAGUCCCGGUCACCGUGAUCUCCUCCAAGAAGCUCGCGCCUGUUCUCGCGCGCGCCCAGUCCCCGCCGCCCGCGGGCGCGCAGAGGCUCUCUACGGCCUCGCGCGACGCCGCGCCGUCCGCCGCCAUGCCGGCUGCGCCGGCACCCCCUGCAGUGCGCGCAGCCCAAGAUGGCGCCCGCGUCGGCAGAAUCUCCGUCAGCUCCAUGCUGUCGUAG